UGGGGUGGCCGCCGCCGUUUACCUUGGCAUGCUCGUUUACAUAGCCAGAAUCGGUAAUCCACCAGACUCCAGCUGCCAGCCGCCCAGCUCUGUUUCUCUCUGCUGUCUGAAUCGUGUCGAACUCCAGACGAAGAAGCGAGGUUGGCGAUCCCUUGACGGAGAGAAAGGAAUGAAGUUGAGACCGUUGGUUCUACUUCUUGUAGCAUCUUCCGUGGUUUUUUUGCCCGGAGUUUUUGCGGAUGGAGUCACUCCCUCGGAGGCCAAAGAGCUCAGAGACGAGGUGCGUGAGAUGUUUUAUCACGCUUUCAAUGGAUAUAUUCAGCAUGCUUUUCCUCUUGAUGAAUUAAGACCCUUGAGUUGCAAAGGAGAAGACUCGCUUGGUGGUUAUGCCUUAACUCUCAUAGACUCCUUGGAUACCUUGGCAUUACUGGGGGAUAGUGAAAGAUUCGGUGAAGCUGUUGAAUGGGUCUCUAAAAAUGUUAACUUUGCAAUUAAUAAAACAGUUUCAGUUUUUGAGACCACAAUUAGGAUUCUUGGGGGUUUGCUCUCUGCUCAUCUCAUUGCCAGUGACUACUCUACGGGUAUGAAGAUUCAAUCCUAUGAUGAUCAAUUACUUCAUUUGUCUGCGGAUUUGGCACAAAGAUUACUGCCUGCCUUUGACACUCCCACAGGAAUCCCAUUUGGAUCUGUCAAUUUGUUACAUGGAGUUGAUGAAAACGAAAGCAAGAUAACAUCAACAGCAGGUGGUGGCACUCUGACAUUGGAAUUUGGGGUGCUUAGUCGUUUAACUGGCAACCCAGUUUUUGAGCAAGUUACAAAGAAUGCUGUGCGGGGAAUAUGGGCUCGCAAAUCAAAGAUCAACCUUGUUGGAGCUCAUAUCAACAUUUUCACUGGUGAGUGGACUCAAAAGGAUGCUGGGAUAGGAACGAGCAUUGAUUCUUUCUAUGAAUACCUUCUGAAGGCAUAUUUGUUGUUUGGAGAUGAGGAGUACUUAUUUAUGUUUCAAGAAGCUUACAAGGCAGCUAUGCGUUACCUCCACCACGAUCCUUGGUAUGUGGAGGUGAAUAUGAACUCUGCUGCUACAGUCUGGCCAUUGUUUAACAGUUUACAAGCAUUCUGGCCAGGGCUUCAGGUUUUAGCUGGAGAUAUUGAUCCUGCUAUUCGCACACAUGCUGCUUUCUUCAGUGUCUGGAAAAGAUAUGGAUUUACUCCAGAGGGCUUUAAUCUUGCAACUAUGAAUGUUCAGCUUGGUCAAAAGAGUUAUCCCUUGAGACCAGAAUUGAUUGAGAGUAAUUACUGGCUAUUUAAAGCUACCAGAGAUCCCAGGUACCUUAAUGUUGGAAGGGACAUGGUGGCAAGUCUUCAAUAUGGAGCUAGGUGCCCAUGUGGAUAUUGUCACAUAGCAGAUGUAGAGACUCACGAGCAGGAUGAUCAUAUGGAAAGUUUUUUCCUUGCUGAAACAGUUAAAUAUCUUUGGUUGCUUUUUGAUUUAGCUGUGGGUCCAGAUAAUAUUGUUGAGAAUGGGCCAUACAAGUACAUAUUUAGUACAGAGGGUCACCUUUUGCCUAUUACUCCGGAAAUAUCUUUUAUCAAUGAGCACUGCUCGUAUUUUGGAGCAUUUUGCAAAGAUGAAGCUAAACAUGGAUAUGAUGGCUAUGAGACAACACUUAAACAUCAGGAAACAAAUAAUACUCAUCCUCAUAGAACCCAAGUUCAUCAGUUCAAUACCCAGAAUUCAUUUUCAACUUCAGGUUUCAUGAAGGGACACUGUCCAGGCUUGACCCAUGCCCAGAGGUUUGGCAUUUCAUAUACCGAAUAUAAAGAGGAUACCUUCACUAGUGAAGCUAGUCAACUUCAUGAUCACUCUGUCAUUGUUGUUACUGACCCAAGUUCAAAACCGACCAAGUACAGCAACGAUAACGAUAGCAUUCAGGAACCAGAGGAGGAACUUAAACACAAUGAAGGUGAUACACAGCAAGAGAAGGAUGUACCAGCUAAGUGAAAUUUGCUUGGACGAAUUCCACAGAAGACGGUAAUUUACCUUUGAGCGAUGAUGAAUGCCAUUUGGGUUUUAGAACUCAGACAGCCGAUACAAAGUUUUCGAAUGCUUAUCAAGAAUUCGGUCAUCUUGUUGAUAAAUCAUUAUUGAUCUGCGAAUUUACAAGCAUUCUUUUGAUUUCACCUGGCAGUUAUCAUCAAUGACAGAACUGUUAGAACUGAGAAAACAAAGACACUUGGAACAUUUAUGUUUCUAGAUACCUUGUGGUAAAAUUGUACAAUAGGGUUAAAUCUAUUUGGAGCCAGAUUGAGAUUAUUUUUUUGUUUGUUUGUUUAAGAAACGACUAACAUGUCAAUACUACCUUUUUGUGGAAUGUAAGAUUAUAUGAAAUGAUUAAUUUAUUUCUUAAUUAAUUGCAGUUUAAAA